AUUUACUUAGAGAAAACUACAGACAAGGAGUUUGGGGUUGUUUUGUUUGUUCUUUUGACUUUUAAAAUUCUGUCUGUACUUGCCCGUGCAGCGCCUUCAGUGCUCUCCCAUGUGAGUCGGAUUGCAGAGAGAAGGCAAAAGCGUUAUGAAGACGUUCCUAGAUCUGCAGCCUCCGUAGUUGUUUGAAGAAAGAGAGAGCGAUCCAACUGGAAACUUAAAAGAAAAAGUGACGAAGCUUCUGAUGUGCUGGACCUGCUUGCCUUUUGUCCUUUGGACUAUCCAAAUUAAUUGUGGGCUGAUCCCGCAUGUCUGUAAAAUCACAGAUAAAAUGGCGGACUGUACUCAUUUAAAGCUGACUCAAAUUCCCUCCAAUCUUCCAGCUGAUAUUACUGCAUUGGAUAUUUCACAUAACCAGCUGAGAACACUGCUGCCUACAAACCUUACAAAGUACAAUCAGCUUGUUUAUUUAAAUGCAGGAUUCAAUUCCAUCUCUAAACUGGAGUUACAACUGUGCCUCAGUUUACCUUUGUUAAAGGUAUUGAGGCUGGAACACAAUCAGUUGCGUAUAUUUCGUGAUCAUGUUUUUACUUCCUGUACCAAUCUGAGAGAGCUUAAUUUAGGAUUCAACAGUCUGGAAGCAAAAAAUGAUCCUUUCAAAAAUCUGAAGAAUUUGACAUUCCUGGAUGUCUCUCAUAAUCGGCUAAGUUCUACAAGAUUAGGGUCUCAGCAACAGUUAGAGAGUCUAAAAGAGCUUGUGAUGUCUCAAAACCAAAUUACAGAAUUAAGGAAAGAAGAUCUGUACUUUCUUGGUAACUCUUCAUUAAAAAGAUUGGACCUUUCAUCAAACCCACUAAAAGAGUUUCAUCCAGGCUGCUUCCAUGCUAUUGGAAAUCUGUAUGGCCUUGACCUGAACAACAUUCCAUUGGGACCUGAUGGCACAGAGAAACUUUGUUUGGAAUUAUCUGGCACAAAAAUACAGAAUCUUUCAAUGAGCAAAGUGCAACUUUCAAGGAUUUCCAACUUGACCUUUAGUGGAAUGAGUAAAACGAACCUUACUGUCUUAAACCUAUCAGAUAAUUAUUUGUCUGUUAUUGAAAAUGUCUCGUUUAUAUAUUUUGCAAAUCUAAAAAAACUUAAUCUAAUGAAUAACAAUAUUACAAAGCUGUUUUCUCAUUCCCUCUACGGGCUUCACAAUCUGAACUAUUUGAACUUGGAAAAUUCACAUGUCAGAAUAAUUGAUUCUGCUUUCCAGUGGCUAACUCAUUUGAAUUACCUUAUUAUGGAUGGUAAUAAAUUUCUAGAGAUUACUCCUCAUACAUUUAAAGGUUUAGAAAAUCUGAAAAACCUGAGUUUAAGUCAAUGCAAUAUAAGUUCAAUAACAAAUAUGACAUUUGUUUCACUUGCAAAUUCUUCAUUGCAGUUUCUUAAUCUAACAAAAGCUGGAAUCACUUCCAUCAAGCCCAAAGCCUUUUCUUGGCUAAGGCAACUAAAAAUGCUUGAUUUAGGUUUAAAUAAUAUCAAGCAGAACCUUACAGGCCAGGAAUUUCAAGGUCUUAGUAAUAUUGAGACUCUCUAUCUUUCAUAUAACUAUCAGUUGAAUUUGACUAGUGAAUCAUUCACUCUUAUUCCAAGCCUUCGAAAGCUGAGACUAAGAAAGGUACGAUGCAGUAAUCUUGCAAUCACUCCCUCACCAUUUCGUAAAUUAAAGAAUUUGACAAUCCUGGAUAUGGGUAACAACAACAUUGCUAACAUAAGGGAUGAUAUAUUUGAUGGACUGCAUCAGCUUGAAAUUCUUGACCUGCAGCACAAUAAUCUGGCUCGACUUUGGAAGCAUGCCAACCCAGAUGGGCCUGUUCUCUUUCUCAAAGAUCUUCCAAACCUCCGUCUACUGGAUUUGGAAUCGAAUGGCUUUGAUGAGAUUCCAGACAAGGCUUUCCAUGGCUUAUCUCAAUUGAGAAGCUUGAAUUUAGAUUCCAAUAACUUAAAUUGGCUUCCCAAAUUCAUUUUUGAUGAUCUGACAUCUCUGAGUUUUCUCUUCCUCCAAAAGAAUCUGAUCACGGCUAUUGAUGAAAAAGUGUUUGGUGCUGUUUUCAAACAUCUAAAAGCAUUAAAUAUGGUUUCCAAUCCAUUUGACUGUACUUGUGACAGUAUAGCCUGGUUUGUUAAUUGGCUCAAUGGCAGCAAAACAUGUAUCUCAAAUUUAAGUAAAUAUCAAUGCAAUACCCCACCCAAAUAUCACUCUAAUAUGGUAGCACAGUUUGAUACUUCCCUAUGUGAUAAUGUCCCCUUUAAGCUGGUAUACAUUUUGUGCACUACUUCUGUAUCAUUCCUCAUCUUUACAACUUUGCUUGUUCACUUUGAAGGAUGGAGAAUUAAAUUUAUGUGGACUGUGGCUGUAAACAGAGUAUUAGGCCACAGAGAAAUAGAUAGACCACAACAGCAAUUUGAAUAUGAUGCCUACAUCAUUCAUGCCAGAAAGGACAAGAAUUGGGUAUUUAAGAACUUUAUUACACUUGAAAAAAACAAUCAACCAGGCGUUCGAUUUUGUUUAGAGGAACGAGAUUUUGAAGCUGGAAUAUCUGAAUUUGAAGCCACCAUCAAUAGCAUACAGAGAAGCAGAAAGAUCAUUUUUAUUGUAACUGAACAUCUCUUAAAAGAUCCCUGGUGUAAAAGGUUCAAAGUGUAUCAUGCUAUACAGCAAGCCAUUGAACAAAGUCGGGAUUCCAUUAUACUAAUUUUUCGACAUGACAUUCCUGAUUACAAGUUAAAGAAUGCACUUUGUUUACGGAGAGCAAUGUUCAAAUCGCAUUGUAUCUUGGAGUGGCCCAUGCAGAAAGAACGUUUGAAUGCCUUUUACCAGCAAUUAAAAUCAGCCCUUCAAUCCAGCAGUAGGAUAAUAUGAUUUUUAAAAGAGGAAGAUUGUAGGCUUUCCUGGAUAUUUCAUUCAGUGGUU